UUUUACUGUGUCUUUCAUCAGUAUGCAAAUAUUUCUCUACAUUCGCAAAGUGGCUCUUGAUUUAACUAUUAAAAAAUUAUAAUAGACUUUAUCAAUUUUCUCUAUUUAAGGCUCUAAUUUAAGAUCUUUUUUUCUUCCUUUACUUUGGUUUAUACUUGAUUAUACCGUUUUAUUAGAAAUAAAAUGUGCAAAUUCAUUGGAAAGGCUUAAUUUACCCUUUUUAAGUCUUAAGGUCUUCGUUAGUAAGACUUGUAAGAUUGCAAUUAUUGCACACAAGAGAGUCUAUUUGAACUUGUCCCUUAGUAUUGCGAUCUCUUCGCAUGACAUCAAUGGAGCGGAGCCCUGAGAACUCAUCUGCAGCGCCCCAUCGGAGCCAAGGUGGUGACGUGGGAGCGGCGGCAAGGGCGCGGACGUAAGUGAGGAGGCUGACAUGGUGGCACGGAGGUCAAUUCGCCAGCAGUAACCUCUUCAUCACGUGGCCAGCGCGAGUGGGCAAGCGUCGUGCACUCGGCGGAUUCAAUAUUACAAAUAAAUGGUCGGAACGCGAGACCCAAUUCAUAAUAAAUUCUAUCUAAGGCAUAAAUAGACAUUGAUGUAUGUUCUGUCAUGAGAGUCCAUGCCACAAUUCCCAUCUUCUCCUCCGCGCCCGAGCGAGACGGCCGAUCAUGCGCUUAUCUUGCGCAUUACACCUUGCACAGAGUCCAUCACUCACGGCCCAGCUCAUCCGCCGCGAAUCAUCCCACCAAUUUAUUACAUUUAAUACGGAUACUAUUGCCAUUGAUGGUGACUGAUGGCCGCGCUGGCAUGCGGGAAUCCAUCGGGACUGUUUGGACAAUCGCAUUAUAAAUGGUUAAUCGCAAUUGCAUUAUUUGCACGGCAAGACGUCCGAUUAGAUGCCCAAUAGAUCUCGGCUAAGUGAACAGAUUGUCAUUCCCAUGAUCGUAUUAUGAUCACCUCUGGACAUAAAUACACAACUCUCUUGCGAGUUAAUAUUUCACUUUUUGUUCACUCUCUCAGGCUCUGUCGCUCAAAUUGAGUGAAAUAUCGUGAAAAUGCUCCGAUUAUGCGCAUUAAUGUCUCCCACAGAGAUUACAUUUUCCCCUCAAUCGCUUCUUUACCUCAAUACUAUCUUCUUCUCUGCUGAAAUUUAUACUGAGACUUUAUGGCGACUGUUGAUCAUCACAUGAUUUCAAAUAUUCAUCUUCUCGUCGAAAGAUAGUCGAACGACUCUUUCUGCUAUCCCCACCGUGAGGCGCUGUAGUCAAUUUAAGGAAUGUUUUGAUUUCGUGUGUCAAAAUUUUCAUUUCCUCAGAAAAUUGUAAUUUUUCCGUGUAAAAUCGAGUGAGAAAGAUUCGCAAAUCAUGCAUCUCGAUAGAGUGACCAACGACAGGAAGCUUUACCUAUGCAGAUGGUAUUUCAGAGCUGGGUUUGCUUGUCUUCCCUUCGUUUGGGCAAUCAACACCAUCUGGUUCUUCAGCGAAGCCUUCCGGAAGCCGCCCUACGAGGAACAGGCACAGAUUAAAAAAUAUGUUCUCUACUCCGCUUUGGGCUCCAUUGUCUGGCUCGUGGUCAUCAUUUCCUGGGUGACUAUUUACCAGUACCAUCGAGCGGAAUGGGGCGAAUUUGGCGACAGGAUAAGCCUGUUUAUUCCCCUGGGCAAGCCAUAAAGCUCAUUCAUCAUGUCAUUUUCUUUUUUUUUUAUUUAUAUUAAAACGCCCUAGCAAUGCUAGAAUUUUCCCU